UCCAAUACUUGGGGGAGAUUUGAAGGAGAUCUGUUACUGGAGACUCUUUCUCAGAUUCAAACCAAAGUUAAGGUUUGCAUAGAGAUAGAAACAGAGAGAUGCCCAGAAGGCAGAAGAAAACGGCUAAGGUGGUUACAGGGGUGAUGGUACUGUGCAUGGUUGCGUACAUCGCAGGACCGUCUCUGUAUUGGCAUCUUAACGAGACCAUUGCAGAGUCUCUCCACUCCUCUUGUCCUCCUUGUGUCUGUGACUGUUCUUCUCAGCCUCUCCUCUACAUCCCAGAUGGAUUGAGCAAUCAUAGCUUCUUGGAUUGUAUGAGACGCGAGGAAGGGAGCGAAGAGAACGAGAGUAGUUUCACAGAAAUGGUGGCUGAAGAGCUGAAGCUGAGAGAAGCGCAAGCUCAAGAAGACGAAUGGCGCGCGGACAGGUUGCUGCUAGAUGCUAAGAAAGCGGCGUCUCAGUAUCAGAAAGAGGCUGAUAAGUGCAGCAUGGGGAUGGAGACUUGUGAGCAAGCAAGAGAGAAAUCAGACGCGACACUAGACGAGCAGAGGAGAGUGUCUUACAUGUGGGAGCUUCGAGCUCGGCAAAACGGAUGGAAAGAAGGACCUAAAGUUGUUUCCUCUGAUGUUAUCUAACAAUCGGUGAAAUCUUUUUUAUUGUUUCAAUAUUUCUGAAACUCUUAGACAGAUAUUUUAAAUUAGCACGAGGGGAAAAUGUUGUCCAUUUGAAAUGGUCAG